AUGAAGCUGGAGCUGGAGCUGGAGCUGCCUGUCUGUCUGUCUGUCGGGCUGUCUCUGCGCGGCGUAACCAGCUGGUGCAGCACGACAGGCGAUGGGCGUUACUUACGGAUGUUAGCGUUAGGUGAGAUGAGGGAGGUUGACUUUUGCCUUCCCCACAAAGCUGGCCCUGCUGCUUCGAUAUUGGACGAACAGCAAAAGAAGGGGCCAGGAUGGAGGGACGGGGGGCAGGAAGAUGGAGAUGGAGGGAGAUGGGGAGAUAUGGGGGAUACGCCCGGGGUCGAAGCAGCGCCCCCCCGGUCAGAACGUCGACUCUUGGAUCCCUGGCUCGUCGAACGCCGGUUGGUUGGUAGCGGAGGGAAACAGAUCCCAAGAAGACGCAGAAGAAGCAAAGAAGGUCAAGUCCGGGGGUGGACCGUACUAGGCAUAGCAGCGAAGGAGAAGAAGACGCAGAAGAAGCAAAGAAGGGUUUGA